AUGAACGCUAUCGGAAAUUUAUUUACUGGUUUAUCUUUUAUAGGAUUAGUGAUAUUAGUACCACCAUUUGUGUGGCAUAUCAAGAACGUCAACUUACCUGCUGUAUUCUUGAUCUUUUGGUUAUUAUUCUCCAAUUUAACAGGAUUCGUCGAUGCUAUCAUUUGGAGUGGUGAUGAUUUUUAUGAUCAAUACGAUGGUAGAGGUUUAUGUGAUGUGACUAUUAAAUUGAAAUUGGGUUCUGUAACAGGUAAAUUAUGUGCUGUGUCAGCAUUAUCUUUACAAUUAUUUAUGAUUUUAAGAGCCAAUAAUCUUAGGUUUAUGAAUAAUAGAACAAAAUUCAAAAUCAUCUUUGAUUGUGUUUUUUGUUUAACUACUCCAGUAAUUAUCAUGAGUUUAAGUUACUUGGUUCAAGGAGCUAGAAUUGGAGUCCUUAGAUAUUAUGGAUGCUCAGGUAUUUAUUAUAGUUGGGUUUAUUUAGUAAUUCAAUCUUCCAUGAUGUUAAUGUGGUCUUUAGUGGCUACUGUGUUGGCUGUAUUAACAGUUUAUACCUAUUUUAGGAAGAAGAUCGAUGUCAAAGAUAUUUUAAAAUGUACUAACUCCGGUUUAAAUUUGAAAAGAUUUGCUAGAUUGUUAAUCUUUAGUAGUAUUAUCAUACUCACCUUAACUCCUUUAUCUAUUUAUACAUUUGUUGGUGAUGUUACUACUGAGCAAUUCAGAAUGAGAUAUAAUUUCCAUUUCAUUCAUAAUCCAUUACUCUGGAAUUAUACUUAUUUCGUAGAAGCUCCUUUGAAAAUUUUAUACUUCCGUUGGAUUGAUAUUGGGUUGUCAAUUAUCACGUUUUUGAUUUUUGGUAUUGGAACUGAUGCUAUCGAACUUUAUAAGUCUAUAUUGAUCAGAUGCGGCUUAGGUAAGAUAUUCAGGUUGAAUACUUUGGAGGAUAUUGAUAGGUUUCCUAGUAACAUAUCCAAUGAUAACACUACCAAGCUGCCUACUAAUCAAACAACUAAGAGUCAAUUAAGUGCUGGGUCUAAUAUAACCGGUUCGACUUUCAUUGAUGGGUUAGAAGAGUUCCAUGAAUUGAUAAAUGAUGAUGAUGAUGAUGAUGAUGAUGAUGAUGAAAAAGUAAUUCCUAAGGUGUUUACGGUUGAUUUGGAAAAAGGGUGUCAAUCAGAACACGAUGCCGAAUCUAAAGAAAUUGAAUAUUUCAUCAAUGGUGACCAUGAUGGUACUGAUAUUACUUACCUGUAUAACAUCACUAAACAUUCAUAG